AUGGAUGAAACUAUAAUUAAUGAAUUUGUUGACGAGACACAGCAGCAACAACAACCGCAAGCUUCUUCAAGUAAUACAAAUGGUGCAAAUAUAACUCGAGUAAUGAAGCGAGUAAUUCCACCAGAAGGAAAAUUGUCUAAGGAAGCUAAGGAAUGCAUUCAGGAAUGUAUUACUGAAUUUCUUUUGUUUAUUACUUCCGAAGCUAGUGAACGAUGUGCAAUAGAACGAAGAAAAACAAUUUCUGGAGAAGACAUAUUAACUGCCUUUCGUACUUUGGGAUUUGACGAAUAUGUGACGCCAUUGGAAGACUUUUUGAGGAAAUUUAAAGAAGCCAACAGACUGCAAAGUAGUCAAGCCGCUACACUUGUCCAACAAAUGGGAAACAAUAACAACAACGCUAACAACAACAACAAUGCAGCAAAUACUGCUAAAGAAGUGGAGGUUGCUACAACUGAUGAAAAUCAACAAAUGGUUUAUUUGCAAGAACAACAAUUAAUAAUUAAUCCCAACUAUAAUUUACAACCUCUCCAAGUAUUUUAUGACGCUGCUAAUGGACAGUAUUUUAUACCUGUUCAACAAGAUAAUGAACAAAUAAUUGAACAGAUUGAAUAAAUUAAUUUAUAUUUAAAAUUAAUUAAGCGAGCCAUUUUCUUAAAUUUAAUAAAUUUAAGCUAAAUAAUUUUUUGUUUUUUAUUAGAACCCUCCAGUUUUCUACUGUACGCCUAGGGUGUAUAUUGGACUUAUUUUUAACUUUUAAACUCGGUCCCUUAAUCAAGAAAAUAAAUUAUGAACAAAAAUUAUGUAUGAAACAACUCUCUGGACUUGUCCCCGCCAGUCUUUCUCUGUCUUCCCUGUCCCUUUAUUAUAACCCCGACCUUCUACUAC